GAGAGAGAGAAGGCAAAUGUUCCCCCAGCUGUUUCCUGUCUACAGUGUCUGUGUUUUGUAGAUAAAUGUGAGGAUUUUCUCUAAAUCCCUCUUCUGUUUGCUAAAUCUCACUGUCACUGCUAAAUUCAGAGCAGAUAGAGCCUGCGCAAUGGAAUAAAGUCCUCAAAAUUGAAAUGUGACAUUGCUCUCAACAUCUCCCAUCUCUCUGGAUUUCUUUUUGCCUCAUUAUUCCUGCUAACCAAUUCAUUUCCAGACUUUGCACUUCAGAAGCAAUGGGAAAAAUCAGCAGUCUUCCAACCCAAUUAUUUAAGUGCUGCUUUUGUGAUUUCUUGAAGGUAAAGAUGCACAUCAUGUCCUCCUCCCAUCUCUUCUACCUGGCCCUGUGCUUGCUCACCUUCACCAGCUCCGCCACAGCUGGACCGGAGACGCUCUGUGGGGCUGAGUUGGUGGACGCUCUUCAGUUCGUGUGUGGAGACAGGGGUUUUUAUUUCAACAAGCCCACGGGGUAUGGCUCCAGCAGUCGGAGGGCACCUCAGACAGGCAUCGUGGACGAGUGCUGCUUCCGGAGCUGUGAUUUGAGGAGGCUAGAGAUGUACUGCGCACCCCUCAAGCCUGCCAAGUCUGCCCGCUCAGUCCGUGCCCAGCGCCACACCGACAUGCCCAAGGCUCAGAAGGAAGUACAUUUGAAGAACGCAAGUAGAGGGAGUGCAGGAAACAAGAACUACAGAAUGUAGGAAGACCUUCCUGAAUUGUGAAGAAUGACAUGCCACCGGCAGGAUCAUUUGCUCUGUAGGAGUUACCUGAUAAACAUCAGAAGACUUACCAAAAAAAAAUAAGUUUGAUAACAUUUCAAAAGACGGGCAUUCCCCCCAAUGAAAUACGCAAGUAAACAUUCCAACAUUGUCUUUAGGAGUGAUUGUUAAAAGCUUUGCACCUUGCAAAAAUGGUCCUGGAGUUGGUAGAUUGCUGUUGAUCCUUUAUCAAUAAUGUUCUAUAGAGAAAAAUAUAUAUAUAAAUAUAUCUUAGUCCCUGCUUCUCAAGAGCCACAAAUGCAUGGGCGUUGUAUAGAUCCAGUUGCACUAAAUUUGUUUCUGAGUCUUGGCUGCUGGAGCCAUUCAUUCAGCAGUCUUGUCUAAGUGGUUUAUUCUUUUUUUUUUUUUU